AUGCAGCAGCACCAGGGCAGAGCAGCCCCCGGGGUUCGGGCUGUGCCGAGCCCGGCGGGGUUCGGACACCGCAAGGACGAGCCCAGCCGGCACGUCCGGCCCCUGCCGCUGCCCCCCGUGCAGCAGAACCUGAAUUAUUACCCCCAAAUCUUCUGGGUGGAUGGCUGUGCUGAUGCAGGGGCUCCCUGCCCCCCGGCUCCUCCCGUGGCUCCUUUCCCACCGCCGGUUCCCGACAGGAGGAGAAAACCGCGGAGCCGCGGGGAAAGGAGGAGCGUGGGGUCGCUCGUGAUGUUCCUGCUGAUCCUGGUGGCUUUCACUGGAGUGGGGCUGAGCAUAUUUAAGAUUUUUCACCUGGAGAAGGAGGUGGAUGAACUCAGAGAGUCUGCCAGCGCCGAGCACAUCCCUCCAGCCUCCCAGAAACUCACAGGGCAGAAGGAGCAGCCCCUGAGAAAGGAGCCAAGGAAGGCAGCACAUUUAACAGGCACCCCCUCCCAGCAGGAUCUCCCUCUGGAGUGGGAGCCCAUCUCUGGCCAUGCCUACGUCGGGGGCAUCCAGUACCAGGAGCGGGGGCUGCUCAUCAGCGAGCCUGGGCUGUACUUCGUGUACUCCAAGGUGCUGUUCCGUGGCAGUGCCUGUGACAGCCAGCUCCUGUCCCACGUCGUGUACAAGAGGAACCCGGCCUCCCCCGGCAGCCUGGUGCUCAUGGAGGACACAGCCGCCCACUUCUGCACGGGCCAGAGGGCCUGGGCCAGGAACAGCUACCUGGGGGCUCUCUUCAAGCUCAGGAAGAUGGACAGCCUGCACGUCAACGUCUCCAAAAUCGCCCUGGUUAGCUUUGAGGAGUCCAAGACUUUCUUUGGCUUGUUUAAACUUUGAGAUGGAGUUUAAAAGGCAGCCCCUUCACACACACACACACAGGGAUGACUGGGCACAGUGGUGCCAUAAAACCCACCCAGGAACCGUGUGUGGGCUUCAGCACGAGGGCAUUCAAGCACCUGCUGCACCAGCCUGAGCAGAAUUGCACAUACUGUCCUCACAAAAACCCCUGACAAACCCAGAGUGUGGUGUGCUGAAGAGCUGCCUGCUGAGAAGAUGCUGCUGCCCCUGGUGUCACAGCCCUGCUGGGAGGUGUCUGGGUCCUGCCACACCACAGACAGUGCUGUGGGGAUGAGAAGUGGGAACUGCUGCUCCCCCCAAGCCGUGGCUGCCCCCCUGCCCAGCCCUGUGACUGCUGCAGCACAGGCACUUCCCUCUGGCUGGGCCUGGGAUAGGUGCUGUGCUCCUUUUGUGUUAAGUUAUGGACCCUUCCCAUCCCAGAAGAUGCUCCCCAACCACUUUAUUUAACUCAUCCCAAGU